AUGUCGACGAGUUCGGAUCCACCAGGCAGAUCAAGUUCUGAUUCGAGGCACUACCCCCAGCGCGACCUUCAGUACCAGUACCCACAGCGAAGCCCUAACCGAAGGUCAACUCCAUCCAUAUCGAGAUUCUCGGAGCCACAGCAACAUCAUCAUCGCGACCAUUACAAUGCACCAACUCCCCCAAUCCCCCUCCCUCUUCCCCUCGUUGCUGCCCCGGCUCCCCCGUCCACAACCUCCUCCUCGUCCGUAUCUUCUUGGAGCUCGGCGGGUGGACUAGGCGGAGAUAGGCACACCCACAGGAUCAUGGAGCCAAAACCAUUGAGGAUUCCGUACGGCCUGUCCUCUGGCCCCGCGAGGCACCUGGUCAUGCCCUCCCUCAUCAAACAAAUGAAUCCCGAAAACGACCCUACCCCACCCAUCCUGAGCAACGCGAUUUACGAAAGGCACCUGUUGAAACACCGUCACGGCUUCCCCCUCUGGAGCCCUCACCCCAGUGUCCAGCUCCCCAAAUCAUACGUGGACAAGGGCGUCAGGGUUGGAGACGUCGGAAUCAUCACUCAGUAUGGCGCCUUCGAUUAUCUGUUCAACAUUUGCCUGCCUGCGGAGCACCCCAACAACUCGGGUCCCCUCCCUGAUGGCUUCGUCCCUCUCCUGACCCAACAAAAGGAUAUCAGUGAAUCGCCCGAACAUCCUCCAAAUAGCUGUUUCUGCAGUUCAGUCAAGCAGGCGAGCCACCUUUCAUUCGAGAGUACAGCUUCUGAAGGCGCGAUCCUGAUCCUCCCGGAGGGCGCUCACCACGAGGACAUCCGCAACCUUUCCAAAUUCCGCGAAUAUGCCGCCCACCACGCGCACAGUUGGUACAAGUUUGCCAACGGCGUCUGCGGCCGCGAGAUCGAAAACGGCGAGCUUCACCUCGUCACCGGGUGUGACAAAACGGCGAACUGGGGUAUGGCCGCGUUCUCGGGGGAUCAAGUGAAGAGUCAAGGACAGGAAAACCAGAGCCAACAGCAAGAACACCAACAACUUGGGAGUGCAGCAACUAGCCCUGUUGUUACAUUAACGUUCACAACCCAGGUCGGUCCAGACGGUGAAAGCCCCGUGUAUUCUUGGGAGAAGAAGAACACGUCGAUGUAUCAUGGACAUCCGGGCCAUAUACAUGUGGAAGCCAAGUCUUCGUCAUCAUCUACCAGCCAAAGUCCAAUUUCCGCAACAACCACGACGACACCAUCAGGAUCGUCAUCGAUUGGAGCUACCCCGGGAACGGAAAGGUCGAAAAAUCAGUGCACGUUUGUGAGGUCGCAUACGAUUUCGCUUAGUGACGACGAGUGGUCAAAGGUUAUGGCGUCGAUCAAUGUCGGGACUGCAGCGAGUGGUGGAGGCGAUUCAGCGUCGGAUACGAGCACGAUUGAUUUGGUCGCGAAGAGGUCGAGGAACACGUUGAAGAGGUUCUUCUCGUCCUUUGGUCCAAAAAGCAGCAACUUGUUGGCCAAAUCCCCCGGGGGCUCUACGCUGAUGUUUCCAGAGUUUCCUUCGAGGGGGAUGGAUAGAUCGUUCAUCCGGCUACAAUCAUAA